CCUAUUCGGUAGUUUUCAUUAGAUUGCGGAACGGUGCACUUGGGUACCACACGGGUGUUACAGAACAUCCCACGUACGCGUCUAUCCUUUAGAUAAAUAACUUGAAUGUCCUUUGAUCGUACGCUGUUAGUGGAUAUACGGCUACGUGCAGCAUGUCGAUCGUAAAGAAGUUAUCCUUUGAUGCCAACUGCGAGGAGAAGGAAAAGUAUACGCUGCAGAAUGGUGACGAGUUUUACGACCAGGGAAACGGCCAAGGCCACACCGUCGAUGUGGAGGGGAAGUAUUCGAAGCCCAAGCAGGCCCACUGGCUGCUGCGUCGCAUCUACAUUCUCAGCUGGAUACGGAGCUACGAUCGGGAGCGAGCCUUUGCCGAUCUGAUAGCAGGCAUCACCCUGGGCCUGACGAUCAUACCACAAAGUAUUGCCUACGCGGCGCUGGCUGGCCUCUCCUCCGAGUACGGCCUGUACUCGGCAUUUAUUGGAUCCAUCAUCUAUGUGUUCUUCGGCACGAUACCGCAGGUCUCCAUUGGACCCACCAGCCUGAUGGCCAUUCUCACACUUCAGUUCUGUGCGGAUAAGCCCGUUCAGGUGGUCAUCGUGCUGGCCUUUCUCGCAGGACUAGUGGAGCUGGCCAUGGGUGUGUUUCAGCUGGGCUUCAUAGUGAGCUUUAUUCCGGAUCCGGUGACCAAAGCAUUCACUUCCGGCACGGCUGUGAUUGUUGUGUUUGCUCAGAUCAAGAAUCUCUUGGGUGUUCGCAUGAAAGGAUUCCCCUCGCUUGGGGAGUUCUUUGGCAGCAUUAAACCCUCGGAUGCGGCCAUGGGCAUCUCUUGCAUGGUUGUUCUGCUGUCGUUGCGUCUACUUUCGCAAGUGAAAUUCAAGCAGGACACCCCGCUGACGCGUCGCCUGAAGAAGGUCCUGUGGUACAUUAGCAUCUCGCGCAACGCCUUGGUUGUCUUCUUCACCGGUUUGAUUGUCUUCAUCUGGGUGAAGAAUAGCUCCAUGGCAGCGGUGCCCUUUGCCCUCUCCUCAAAGGUGUCCUCGGCCAUGCCCUCGUUCAAGCUGCCGCCCUUUGCCUUUGAAUACCAGAAUCGUACCUAUGUCUUCACGGAUAUACUCCACGAGCUGGGCAGCGGCAUCGUUGUUGUGCCCAUUGUGGCCGUGCUGGCCAAUGUGGCAAUUGCGAAGGCUUUCGUGACUGAUGGCAAUCUGGAUGCCUCACAGGAGAUGCUGACGCUGGGCCUGUGCAACAUAGCUGGCUCCUUUUUCAGUGCAAUGCCCACGUGUGGCGCAUUCACGCGCUCGGCUGUUAGUCAGGCCUCGGGCGUACGCACACCUAUGGCUGGCAUCUACACGGGAAUGAUUGUCCUCUCCGCUUUGAGCAUACUGACGCCGUACUUCCAGUACAUACCGAAGGCUUCGCUGUCUGCUGUACUCAUUGCAGCGGUGAUAUUUAUGAUUGAUCUGGCGCCUGUGAAGGAGCUGUGGCAGACCAACAAAAAGGAUUUCUUCAGCUGGAUGGGCAGCUUCAUCAUCUGCCUGGUGGCUGGUGUGGAGUUGGGCCUGCUCUUUGGCAUUGUCCUGAGCAUGGUGUUCAUUCUGCUGCGCCUGGGUAAUCCCAAAAUAGAAGUGUCCCUUAAAAAGCAUGAAUCCCUAACUUAUGUGCAUGUUGUGCCCCACUCGGACAUUUAUUACACGGGCGUGGACACGCUCCGCGGCGAGUUGAGAGGUGCCUGUUCGCUUUACCGCAACGACUUUCCCGUGGUGCUGGACUGUGGCCGCUUCAUGCAGUUCGAUGCCACCUUUACUGAGAUGCUGAAGGCCGUCAGCAAGGAGAUGGCCGAGAACGAUGUACUGUUGAUACUGCAGAACAUGAGCCUGAAGGUGCAGGAAAUGCUGCCCGUGAUUGGCAAUGUUCGCUUCUGCCAGGAGGACAGUCAGCUGGUUAGUCACCUGCAGCAGGAAAAAGAGUCUGGCGCGACGCUCGAUGCGAAACUCUAAAAGUUGGCUCCUACUAUCUGAUGAUACCCCCCGACAGCCUGUCAGUCUGUUUGUUUUUGUUUGUUUGUCCAGAUGAAGGUUCUGUUUAAAUGCCACCGUUUGAUGUUUGCAUGCGACGGCGGGGCAUUGCGCAGCUCUUUAGAUUAAGUUAUUUAUUAAGCGGCUCUGUAAAUACUUAAUUGCAUUAUUAAAAUAUAUUGUAUGCUCUGUCGGGCUGUAAAGAUAAUGAAGGCACUCGCCACCGAAACGGAGAGCUCGCUCCCCCAAGAGUCAUGUGUCGCUGUACCACACGGCGUGUGAGUAAUACUUUAUGAUUUCAGCACCCGAAUUAUCUGAAUGAAAUAUACAUACCCAUUAAGUCCAUUAA